GUCUUGCUCGUGAAGGAAUUUAUCGAAUCUCUGGUGUCAAGUCUAAAGUGCAGCACUUGAAGGACUGCUACAACCGCCAGCAGCCAGUCUACCUCUAUGAGCAUGAACCUAACGUUGUGGCCAGCCUACUCAAGCAGUUCCUGCGAGACUUGCCUGAACCAGUUCUGACUACAGCACUUAUGCCAAAGUUUGAGGAGGCUUCAACAAUCAAGAACAACAAGAAAAAGGUGGAGGCAUUUACCAGACUUAUAGCUGACCUGCCAACCUGCAACAGGCUUCUUCUCAGCUGGAUGAUUGUACACAUGACUCAUGUCAUUGACUUGGCCCAAGAAAACAAAAUGACCCUACAGAAUGUGAGCAUUGUGCUGAGUCCCACGAUGCAGAUAAGCCACAGAGUGCUGAAUGUCUUGUUUUCCAAUGUCUCAACUCUCUUUGGAGAUGUGCUUCUCCGCAAAUAUGUGCCACCACUGAAACCGGCCCACUCCAAGUGGACUUUAGAGCUCCCAGACAACCCUUCAGCACUGGAGGAGGAGCUUGCUAAGCAGGAGUCACUGCUGAACCAGUUACAUACAGAAUUGAACUCUGGCCGGAAGGACCCAGUCAUUGAAGAGCAAUUGUGGGAGGUACAGAGAGUGGUGACACAGCUGAAGAGAAAGAUCAAAAUGGCCAAGAAAAAUGUAGAAAUGGGUGAACGGAGGAGAACAAACAUUGAUUCCAAGAGACUGUCUACAGCUUCAAUUCCUUCACUGAGUGCACCAGAAGAGUUGCAGCUGGAUUUGCGACCUGCUCCCAGUGCUGUCACUGUUACAACAGUGGCUGCAGUUGUUGAAAAGCAGCCUGAAGAGAAAGAGGUUGGGGAACCUGAAAUGUCUCAUGAAGCAAAGAAAGGGGUCAAAUUUGUUGAAAGUACAGUAACAGAUCAAGCUCCAGAAGUAGGAGAAAUAAAUAAAACAGAGGAUGAGAAAGAAGUAGAAGAGGGAAGCAAGCAGCAGGAGGAGGUUAAAACUGAGACUGCAGAGAUUGCCAAAGAGAUUUCACAGGAGACAGAACAAGCUAAUGUAGCAGAAGAGAGAGAAGUUUAUGCUGUUGAAGAAACUGACCAAGUUAAAGCAGCAGGGAAUAUAAAGGAGGAAUUGGCAGUAGAGGCUGAGAUUGGAAAAGUAUCGGCAGAUACUGUUAAAGAGCUACCACAGAUAAACAAAACAAAGGAGUCGGUUGAAGACACAAAAGUCAGAGCUGAGGAGCCUGUUAGUGAAACCAAACAAGAGGAAUUAGAAGAAGUAAAAAAUGAAGAAGUCAAACAAGUACAAGAAACAACUACAGUUAGAGUAGAGGGCACACAAGAACCUGAUAAAACUGAACCUUCAACUACAGAAGUAAAGGCCAAACCAAAACCAACUAAAAUGGAGUAUGAGUACAGGAAAGCUCCGAAUCCACCAUUCAUGUCCACAGCCCUUCUGCAGCCGAUGAAGGCGGAGAUACCCAAGCCGAGACGUGUGGAGGAGGAUGUGGAAGCACUUCGAGAAAACAUUCGCAAGUCAGAGGAGCUAAGAGAACUUGAGCAGGAGCUGUUGGGUGAGAAAAAGGCAAAGAAGCAGAAGGAUCUAGAAGAUCUGCCAGAUGAUGUGGAUAUUGACCAGCUCCUGGAGGAAGAAUAUGCUCUUAAAAUGGAAGAAGAGGAGCUACUGGCUAUUGCUGAUGAGCUGAAGCAGAAAAUUGCCACAGAGAGAAGUGAAAUGGAGCGGCUGAAUCAGGAAAUACAGGAACUGCAGUACUUGAGGCAGGACUCGGACCUGGAGGAUCUCAGCUCUAGUUCUAGCUCCAGCGAUGAGAGUGAGGAUGAGGAAGAUCUACAGGAGCUGGUGUCUCAACUCAUCCAGGAGAAUGAGGAAUUGGAGAUGAGCAAUGCUGACCUGUGCCAGAAAAUACAUGAAGAGAGAAUGAUUUGUCUGAGUGUCAAGUUGCAGAUUAGACUUCUACAGCAAAAACAGCUGGAGUCAUCUUAUGGCUGA